GUCAUGAUCGAACUUAGUAGCACUGUUCAAUUGCAGUCUGAAUGCUGUAUUCUUCGGUUGCGUAUCGCAAAGUGCUGAGGGUGGAAGAUGCAACAUCGAAAUGGCGUCACUGCUUGGCGACCCUGACGAUCACUCCUUCCAAAGCUGGUACGCGCUCGAGUCCGACUCCAUCAACGCGCACGACAGAGGAACCCCAUGCCACCCCACGGGCCCUAGUCUACUCUCUGCUCCAAUGCACCCGGCCGUAACUCGUAUCGCCGAAAAUGUCGCCAAGCACCGCCUGCUGCUCGCUCCGCUGCUAUUCACCGUCCUGGGAGCGGUCGCGAGCGUCAACAGCCCCGUCCAGCACUCGCUGCUCGUGACAUCGGCGUCGUGGGCGAUACUCUGGAUACCGCUCGUGUUCCGUGUGGGACUGUACUCGAACAGUGGAGGGAGGAAGAAGAGCACGAGCUGGCUUGCCGGCGCAUUGCUGGCCCUGGCCCACAUCUGCGACAGGGCUGCUUGCGAUAAGGAUGGCAUAAGGGCGACGAAGUGGCUGCUUCCGCUGUUUGCAGUUCUCAUCUCGGAAAAUGAGCUGCUCUCGAGACACCUUGUCUUGCCUACGCACGCCCGCAGUGACUUGGCCGAAUCGAACAGCUCUCCCGAGAAGGCUUCGAGCAAGCGAUCCUCUGACCUACUGGUGACGCUCACGAUCGCCGCCAGUGCCGCUCUGGGCGUUUAUGUCACCUCCACGACCUCGGCGCUUGGGAUAAGCAGCGCUAUCUUCGCAGCAUCAGGCCUGGUCUUGUUCGAGGUCGCAGUGCGAGGCACAAAGGACGACAAUGAGGGCGGCACGCGAGGGCUCAUGUCCGCAGACGGGUCUUUCUCGCGGCGCGGCUCAGUGAGCAACAACCGCAAAGCCCAGGAGCUUGUGGUCCUGCGAGACGUUGCGGCUGCCAUAACCGUCAUAUGUGGCAUCGCGGUCUUUAUGGUUGAGCCAUCGGUUGCUCCAGGCGCCGCGACAUGGGAGCCUUUGUACCGAGAGUUCGAUCGCGACUGGAAGACUGUGCAUGACUUCAGGACUGUGCGCCAGGUAUUCUUCAUGGUCAUCGUUAAUGCUGCUUUGAAUCUCUUCAUGUUUCUUAUUCUUCUACGAGAAGACGCCGUUCAUGUUUCUCUAUGGGCCUUGUUCUCUUGCAUCUGCGCGCAACUGAAGUUUGCGACCACCUUUUCAGGCAUAUGGUUUACGAUCAUCUACGGGGUCUCUGCCCUUUUGUAUCUGUACGGCGCAUCGUCUUCGAACACCUUCGUCGAUAUCCGGAGUUCUAUACGCAUUAGACGCAUUUUGUUUGGGCUUACGGCGUCCUCGGUCUGCGUGCUGCUGGUUCGACAUGCGUCUGAAGCGCAGUAUUACAAGUUCACACCCAAAGCCCCCUCCACCUUUCGGGUCCAGCCGUCAGCGACACCCCUUGGUUCGGUCCCGGUCGACCUGGAUCGUGGGCAUCCAGCGGCCCAGCUGAUCAACGCUGCCGAAACGGAGUUUCAACGAACGCUCCAGAGGCAGUCCAAGUCUCUGGACCAGGCCAUCCGUGAGUACAGGCGCAGGAACGGCAUAGCACCUCCUCCUCACUUCGACAAGUGGUUCGAAUUCGCGCAGCGUCGUAAUGUUGUAUUGAUUGACGAGUUCGACAUGAUCAACCAGAUGCUGCUGCCUUUCUGGGCGCUCAAGCCGGAAACAAUACGAUCGCGCAUCAGAAACGCGAUAGGCCACGAAGAUAGUGCUUUGAUCGCUGUAGCCAUACGAAACGGCGAAGUGGUAUCCAUAGGCAAUGGCGAUGAGUGGCAACAGCAAGCCACGACCGGCAUGAUGAAGGACUUCGUUGCAUAUCUUCCAGAUAUGGACCUGGGCUUCAACAUCCACGACGAGCCUCGUGUUGUCGUGCCGAAUGACCUGCUGUCUUCGAUGAUCGCCAAAGUUCAAGAUCAAGUUCUGCCUCGCGCUGCGAAGACUACCUCACCCCGCAACGACUUCUCGAAACGGCCGAAAGAUCUGAAUGACGGCAAGCGCUUCGACGAAGUCAGCACAACGAAAUUCAAUCGCUUCGCCCAUCAACAGACGUGGACGCACUCUCGCCUCUCGUGCCCCGCCAGCAGCCAAGCGCAGACAUUCGAGGACUUUGCCGCCGAUAACCUGACUUCGUACGCCGCAGGCCCGCUAAAUCAUGUCUAUAAUGCGACGGCCUUCUCAGAUAUCUGCAACUCGCCAUCAUUCUCGUCAACCUUCGGCUUCUUCGAGCGUCCCAACGCGUUCAGCAUUAUCCACGAGCUCACGCCCGUCUUCUCGCAGUCCAAGAUCUCCAGCUUCCAAGACAUCCUCUACCCCAGCCCCUGGUACUGGUUCGGCAAAGUAGGCUACGACAGAAGCCACGACACAAUUUGGGAAAACAAGACGAACAGCCUCUAUUGGCGCGGCUCCACAACUGGCGGCUUCAGUCGCAACGGCGGCUGGCGCCGCCAACACCGCCAACACAUCGUCCAGCGCCUCAAUGCCCCUGACAAGGCACAGAUUCUCAUCACCCCCGAGACCUCGCCCGAGCCAAUCUACUCCGUUCAAGACAUCGACCGCAAAGCCCUGCACCACCUUGUCGACGUCAAGUUUAGCCAUGUAGGCCAGUGCGACCCAGGCGACUGCGACGCACAGAAGGAGUUCUUCAAGGUCGUCGAACGCGUUGAUGGCCAGGAUGCGUGGUACCACAAGCACCUGCUCGACAUGGACGGGAACGCGUUCUCAGGCCGCUUCUACAGCUUCCUCAAGAGCCGCAGUCUGACGUACAAGAUGUCUGUGUUUCGCGAGUGGCACGCUGAGUGGCUCAAGCCGUGGGUGCAUUACAUACCCAUGAGUUUGAGGGGCGAUGAGCAUCUCGAUCUGGUUAGAUGGUUUAGUGGGGAUAAGACUGAUGUUAGUGAGGCUGGUGGGAGGGGGAAAGAGAAGAGCGCUGAUAAGGGGGGCAAUGGGGAGAGUUUGGGCGAGAGGAAGGCGAGGGAGAUUGCGGAGAGGAGUACCGAGUGGCAUGAUAAAGUGUUAAGGAAUGCGGAUUUCGAGACGUGGUUCUUCAGGUUGUUGCUAGAAUACGGCAGAGUUGUGGAUGAUAAUCGCGAGGAGAUAGGAUACCCAGGGCCAUGAUAGACAUUUAAGGGCGCUAAAAUCAAG